CUAUAAUACAGUGCAUAUAAAAAGCCUUUAAGCAAGUUUAUACUUUAAACAUAAGAAAAAAAACGUCAGAUAUGCACGGCUUACGAGCCGAUCACAAUAUCAAUGGUCUCGGAACGAGUCGAUGGCUGGAAGCGCUUUGGGAACCGGCAGCUCGAUUAUACACGCUACCGAAUGCGCUUGAUAUGCUCGAUGUAACCGGUGACGGGGAUGCUAGGCUCCUCUGCGCCGAUUUGGGAACGCUAGAUGCUAAUUCAGCUAAAAUACGGGUUUAUAAAGGAGCUGAUCAGGUAACAGAACACAAUAUGGUAGAUUUACCUUGUGGAUUAGUCGGCUUUUACACGGAGAAUGGAGUACCACGAUCAUCUGUACUUGGAGUCGGCGCCGGUUCCAGCGUAUACAUUUUUAAAAAUAUGAGACCUUACUUUAAGUAUUCCUUGCCGCAUAUUGACGUGCACCCGAAAGAGCGAGAGAUUUGGCACAAGGCUGGACUGGACGACGAACUAAACGUACUCACGUUAGCCGAUGAACUAAAUCUUUUGCUAACUGAACUUGGAGCGGGAUUCAUUUCGCCACGUACAUUAAAAUUCCUGUCUUUAGAUCCGAAUUUGAGACCCAGCUUCGCGGAACAAUAUAAAAGAAUUCCACUGAUUAAAAGCAAUGCAUUGACAGCGAUAUCAGUAAUUAGAAGAGACUCAUGGAACGAUCCUGCGAGCGGUUGCCUCGUUCUUGGGACAGAAUUUGGCGAAGUACUUGUUCUAGAUUCUCGGAUAUUUUCCGUAAUGGAUAAACACUUGUUGGAGUGGCCACCAGUUGCGUUUGCAUGCACAGGUUUGUGGACCGGCGAUGGAAGAAUAUUAAUUAUUGGGAGGGAUGGUAAACUAGGCGCGAUAAAAAGAGGAAGUCCUGUGAGACUUUGGGAAAAACUACCGUCACCAGCAAUAGCUAUUUCAGCUCUUAACAACGGUGGCUUCGCGGUAUCCGUUAUGGAUGGCUCUUUAAUUGGUUUUUCCAAGAAGGGGAUCAAACUUUGGAACGUUCUUGUCCCCGGCGCAAUUUUGGAUUCCGUGAGCCUUCCGGUACCACAAAUUGGUUUAUCAUUACUCGCAGUCAGUACUGCCGGAUUCGGGAUUCGCGUGUACGACGGAAAGCAUCAUGUGGAUACAUUGAAGAUUAUGGAACCGGUGUCUGCGAUGAAGUACGGUAAAAUGGGGCAAGAAGAACGAACGAUGGCGAUGGUCACCGUGGGUGGCGGGCUUUGCGUAAAAAUCUUGAAACGCACUGCAAAUUUUAAUGUUAACAACACAACGUCGAAUUUAGUGUUGAACGACAGCUCUAAAUUUUCUGUACCAAAGAAAACGCGGCUGUUCGUCGAACAAACGAUAAGAGAGAGAUCUGAAGCCAAAAAGAUCCAUACAACUUUCCAGCAAGGCCUUCUUCGUUUACAGCUACUGGUGGCUAAAAGAGUGGCCGAUUCCUUGAACGACAGUCAAGACGUGGCGCCAAAUCUGCUCACUAUGGAAGCCACGGUUCUAGGAUUGGGUCCCAAUUACCAAAUUCGCGUUUUAUUAACGAACAUAUCCGACGAAUUAUCUGAUACGGAUAUGUACAUUGUUUGCAGAAGCGAGAACACGGAAGUGAAGCCACGUGUAAUGGACGUGCCCUUGUUACCGAGCGGCAUCCCGAUUCCUUUGCUCGUUCAUGCGAUUUACAGGGGUAGAAUAUCGGGGAGGGUGGAGAUUUUGUUGUGCAAGAAAUCAAAAACGAAACCAAUAAAUGUAACAGCAGUGACGUUGCCUGCCGCCGAGGAAGAUAUCGAAGUCUAGUCUGUUGCAACAUAGAAAUCAGUGGAAAAGUAUUUUUUAUAUACGUAACUUAUUUUUCAAUGGUGUUCAUAUAUUACAUGGUUGUGCAAAUAUCAAAUUUUGUAAUUGUAUUAAAAGAUGUGCUAUUA